AUGGCGCCGCGAAGUGGUUUCGUUCCAGUAACUGGAGAGCGGCUGCUGUGGCGGUCGAGAGGCUCUCUGGGUGGUGUACCCUCGCGGGGGCUACCUCCUGAUAACCCAAUUCGGAGCGGAGGCUGGGGUGCGUUCUGUUCGCGCCGGUUCUCUGAGCGGGCGUGUCCCGCGCGAAUUUUGCGCUGUACUCCUGCGCGCAACCGGGCAAGCUCGCGCAGGGGCGUACUCAGCCUUCGAGCAGAGGAGGACUAUUACGCAAGGCUGGGUGUGUCGCGGAACGCAGCUGCGGACGAAAUCCGACGCGCUUUCCGCCAAAAGGCGCGCAUGCUGCACCCCGACGUCAACAAAGCACCGAACGCCAAGGAAGAGUUUCAGAAAUUGUCUGAGGCGUAUGAGGUGCUCUCGGACGAGAACCUCCGCAAGCGCUACGAUAUGUUCGGUGAGGCCGGUGUGAAGGGAGCGGCGGCGAGCUCUGGUGGCGGGCCCACCGGCUUCGCGGACUUUGCGGACCUUGGCGGUCUGGGUGAUAUCUUUGACCAGUUUUUUGGGGGCGCGGCUUCUGGUCGUGCGCGCGCCCGGCGUAGCGGUCCCGAGCCCGGUGAAGACCUCCGACUAGACCUCGAGAUAGACUUUGAGAAAGCCAUUUUCGGCGGCGAGGAGAAAAUACGAAUCAGUCACUUGGAAACCUGCGAAACUUGCAGCGGAUCCGGGAUGCGCCCGGGUUCCUCGCCACGAAUGUGCACGAUGUGCGGCGGCGCAGGGGUCGUGACGCAGGUUGCGCGGACCCCGCUAGGCGCUUUCCAGUCGACGCAAACGUGUCCGAAUUGCCGCGGGGCAGGAGAAGUAGUCGAUGAAUACUGUGGCACGUGCGGCGGGCGAGGUCGUGUACAGACGCAGAAGCAGCUCAUGCUCACCAUUCCCGCUGGGGUGGAUGAUGGCUCCAGGCUACGUGUCCGCUCCGAGGGCGAUGCUGGUACCCGCGGCGGGCCACCCGGUGACCUCUACGUGUACAUCAAGGUUCGUCCGCAUCCCGAAUUUCGCCGAGAGGAUCUCGACAUUUAUUCGGAGUUCACCGUGUCGUACCUCGACGCCAUUCUCGGUCGGCGCAUACGUGUGAACACGAUUCACGGCCCUGUGGAGGUUUCGCUUCCGCCGGGUACGCAGCCUGGCACUGUACUGCGAAUUGCCGAUAAGGGUGUACCGAAACUGGGAUCGCCAACACGCCGUGGACACCACUACUUAACAAUCAAGGUUAGUAUACCGAAGCAAUUAAGCGAUGCGGAGCGAAAGCUCAUCGAAGAAUUGGAUCGCCUUCGAAAGGAGGAUGCGCACCAGAACGGCUCCGCCAGCGGAACAGAUGACAAGAAACGGGGAGGCAUCUUCGGAGGCUUUGGGCCUAAAAUGAAGUAG